GUUGUUAUCCUCCACCAUAUGUUAUCAAAAGCAACCAUCAAAGCAAGACCAACUGUCUUGUGGUGUUAUAAAAAGGAACUUGGAUUUAGCAGGUAAAGGUGUGCUUCCCCUCAUGUGUCCACUACUGCUCAUGCCACUCUUUGUGGUAGAUAAACAGAUUCAUCAGGGCAAUGUUAACUGGCUGUUGCAGUAAAUUGAUAUAUUGAUGUCAAAUAGAAUUAUAUUAUUAGAUAUUACAUUUUAUUAUUGUAGUGUAUCAAUAUACUGAUAAAAAUAUAGAAGAUGCAUGCAUAGCCAGGAAAAGACAUUUUAAAAUUAAGAAGUUCUCUGGUCAAAUUAUUUUAAUGACGAGUUUUUGGCUAUCAGACUUAUAGCCUUUAAUGGGUAACUAACUAACACCAUGACAUAUAUAAUAUAUAUAUAUAUAUAUAUAUAUAUACAGGCCGGGUGUCCCAAAAAAAACUGGACACUGUUUGAUGUCAUGUGAUGUAACGUGAAAGCUAUCAAUUAGCUAUCACAGUGAAAUAAAGAUCAUAUUGCAUUCAAAAAGGACUAACUUAGAUUUUGAUAUUAAUAUAACCCUUGAAUUUACAUGCAAUAUUGAGCAGGAUACAACCAAUUUGAGAAUAGAAAUAUUUAUUAUGUAACAAGUAUAACUAUGUCGGUAAUUACAAGGUUUUUUGUGUGCUAAUUUUUGACAUUUUCAACAACAGUAGUUCAACGUUCAAACAUCAAUAGCGCAGUCAAUAUUACAUGUAAAUUCAGGUGCCAUAUAUCAAAAUCUAAGUUUAAUAGUCCUUUCUGAAUGCAACGAUCUUUAUUUCAAAGCUUUUACGUUACAUGAAAUCAGACAGUGUCCAGUUUUUUGGGGGCGCCGGGUAUACUACACAAUGAUGUUAUUGUGACUAGGUAAUUAAGUAUAGGCACGCAUAUAAAAUAUUUGGAGUUUGUAGGUUAUUGUUUCUGUAAAAAAAAUAGAAUAUUGUUGCGGUAAAUUCAUGAGGUUUUUCUCAGGGAAAAUAUCAGUAUCGAAUUGUUUCAAUACUGGAAGGUAAACUGACCCUUAUUUUAGUCAGGCAGAUACAGGAUCAAAAUUAUGGAAAACUCACCAUAUCGAGGGGCAAUUUCAUUUUGCGUUUAUAUUGUGCCCUGAUGGCUAGUAAGUACGUUUCUGAAUGUUGGCCGCGUUAAAAGGGCUCCUGCCGACACGUUUUUCUUCGAAUGUUGUAUUAGACUCUAUAUACUGAUAACAGUUAAAAAAUGUGAAAUUUCAAAUACACUUUCUAACACAAAUGACUUACAUCAAUAGAAAGCUAACAAAAAAACUACAUAUAAGACAUUUAAAUGGAUAGUUGGGAUUUUCAAGCGGUUUUCGAGUUAUUGCCGCUUCAAUUGUGAAAAAUAAGCCAAAAUCUUGCAAAGUUGCUCGGUACUAGUCUGAAAAUACGCUUUCAACAGCUCAUAACUCAAGAAGAACUUGAAAAACCCGGGUAACCGUUUAAAUGUGUUAUAUGUAGUUUUUUGCAAUUACAUUUUUUAACUGUAAUAGAGUUUAAUACAACAUUCGAAGAAAAACGUGUCGGCAGGAGCCCACAAGAAAUUUUAACGCGGCCAACAUUCAGAAACGUACUUACUAGCCAUCAGAGCACAAUAUGAAGGCAAAAUGGAAUUGCCCCUCGAUAUGGUGAGUUUUUUUCCUUCUAUCUGCCCGACUAUUUAGUCAAAAAACCUUUUCCAAUGAUACAUUAUUUUUCAUUUCCUCCAGUCACAGGAAGAAAAGAAUGAAACAACUGCAGAAGAAGAUAAAAAGUGGAACACUGGACUUGAACAAAGACGAUCCAUUUGAAUUAUUUAUAUCAUCAACAAACAUCAGAUAUUGUUAUUACAAUGAAACACAUAAAAUACUUGGAAAUACGUAUGGCAUGUGCAUAUUACAG